GGCUUGCGAAUUUCAGUCGCAUUUCACUGGUCGAGAUGUUCGGAUCUUAGUCUUGGAAGUACUUUGCACAAACAGUUAACCCUCUAUUGUGUAGUCAGUGUCGGGAGCAGCACGCCGCGCCGUGUAGUACAGUGUACCGGCUGUUUUUCGGCUACUCUGUGUCCCAGAAGAAAAUUUGGACAAGUGCCAGGCCGUUGACCGUGUUUCCGUUCGGUGGUGGCGUGAUCGUACAGUACCACCCCCACUUCGCAAAGGGUUCAACGGUACUAGUUGCGGGUUGAACUUAAGUUACGUAGCACAUACGAAACUACUGAACAUGGUUUGAAGGCGUCGUCUUCAUGAAUGAUGAAUGUCAAUCGAAAGUGAAUUGUGAUAAUAAUAAGUCCUGUAAUAACAACACAGUGGUGAAAAGCUUGUGAAUAUUAUCGUUAGAGGACGGAGUUGAUUGGAAAGCUUAGCAAAGCCAAUUUGAUUGUCAUCUCGAAGUUGUCUUUCGCUAUCAUUAGAUAGAUUACGGUGCAUUGAAGUGCAGUCAGCAGAACCGCGCAACAUCAUGGUUGGAAUUGUGGAAGUUUUGCUGUUUCUUGCCGUAGUGGGAUACUUCUUCAAUAAGAGAAGAGGCACAGAUAUGGUGGACAUAAUAUCAAACCGUGUGCAGGAAGCAUACGGAUCAUUCCGUUUGCCGAGCAUGUUCGGAUCUACUACCACGCAGACAGUGGAGGGUGGUGGCUUUUCCACCUAUGCGAUGCUGAAACGCUUUGGAGAGCAGAAGAAACGGAAGCGACAGACCGACAAGGACAAUGAUCGGAAGAUGCGCGAGGAGAGUCUCUACCAGAUGAAGAAGACGGCCACACCCCAUAUAAAGCUGGAAAAUAGACCGCUGUCGGGAUUGUCCUGUCGAUUCUGUUCGCCGAAAGAGAGCCAACCCCAGCUCGACUCGUUGGAACGUCGUCGUAGCGCGAUCGAUAUUCUGCGCGUUACGACACAUGCUGGCCGUCGAACCAACAGCUCCUCGCUGGAUUGGGGCGUCUGGUGUCCCCAUUUGGCACAGGCUGCCCGCGUGGUCAAAUUCAACUAUCCACAAGUUGCCGGUGCGGUACUGGGUGAAGAAAGAGUCCAGGAAGCGUUGGAAAUUGCUGCUACGGAAUCGGUGAACGAGAAGCGUCAAGAACUGGGCGCUGAUGAGAAUGAUGAUUCAUUCGAUGAGGAUGCGUUCUACAGCAAAGCGCUGAAGGCUCAUGAGAAACGGGCAGAAAAGAUCUUAAUCGGUAUGCGAUCGAAACUGUCGGAUCUGGUACUGCGUAUCACAUCGUGGGUACUGUACAAGCUAUUACCAUGUUUCAUCUCCGGCGUGGCAGCUCAUCCUGGACAGAUCGACAUGAUCAAGCGAGCGAUUGCAAAAAAUCCUGAUAUUCCGUUGAUUUUUCUUCCAUUGCACCGGUCCCACCUGGACUACAUCAUGGUCAGUUUUAUCCUACUUAACAACGACAUCAAGUGUCCUCUGGUGGCCGGAGGAGACAAUUUGCGCAUUCCCGUUUUUGGUAACAUUCUGCGUUAUGAUGGUGCAUUCUUCAUCAAACGAAAGAUCGAUCCGAUAACCGGGAAAAAGGAUCAUGUCUAUCGGGCUAUUUUGCAUACCUAUAUGCAAAAAUGUUUGACUGCCGGGCACAACGUAGAAUUCUUCAUCGAGGGAGGUCGGACCCGUACGGGAAAACCUUGUAUGCCAAAGAGCGGGAUCCUAUCGGUACUUGUGGAUGCCCUGCACGACGAAACCAUCUCCGAUGCCCUGUUGGUUCCGGUUUCGAUCAAUUAUGAAAAGCUAGUCGACGGAAACUUUGUACGAGAACAGUUGGGACAGAAAAAGGUACCGGAGAGUUUUUCUUCGGCAGCUUCCGGUAUCAUGAAAGUUCUAAAAUCCGGCUACGGUUUAAUGCGUAUCGAUUUCAACGAACCGUUCUCGCUUAACGAGCUGGUCAAAUCUCUUCGCAAAUCGGAAAACCUUGUAACUCCUACAGCGGAAAUGAGACGUCUUCAGCACAAACCCUCCUCCUCAUCUCUCUUCGGCACGGACGUCGUCCAGGAAGAACACGAACAGCGAACACUGGUCGACAGUAUCGCACGUCAUGUAGUGUACGAUUGUGCCAAGGCCACUUCUGUCAUGACUACCAAUGCUCUGGCCUUUCUACUGCUAAACCGUUUCCGCGAUGGUGCUCCACUGUCCAUCCUGUCGGAAGCGCUGGAGGAACUGCGCGUUAUUCUAAACUCAUCUUGUCGCGAUUUGGGUUUCACCGGAAAGUCGGAGGAUAUUGUAAAAUACGCAGCAGAUCUGCUCGGUCCCGGUCUUGUCACGAAGGAAAAGCGUGGCACUCAGAUGUUCAUCAAACCGGUAACGAUGGUUCCGAAUGUGAUCGAAUUAUCCUACUACUCGAAUAGUUUAAUUCCGCACUUUGCCAUGGAUUCAAUCGUAAUCACCUGCGCCACCCUGUUGAGGAGAGAAGCGGAACGGCGCCAGCAGGAACUUGGGCAAACUACCGACGAUGUCAGUAUUGGCCGGCAGCAACUAUUCCAUACCUGUCUGGAAUUUUGUGAUCUGUUACUGUACGAAUUCAUUCUGUCUAAACCGUGCCAGAAUAUGGAGACAUUGCUGCAAGACUGCUUUGACAAGUUGUGCAUGGAGGAGUUGCUGUCUCAACCGCAGGUUGACUAUACUGAGGAAGAACAUCACGCCCGCCGAAUAGCGGCUCGUCUUGAGCUGGAAGAGUUAGACGAUGGGGUGAGCAGUGAGGACGAUUAUUUCGGCGAAAAUGACGUCGAGCAAGUGGAUGUAGUUAGAGUAUAUCUGCCGGCAGAGAAGCACUGCGAUCGGAUAGUGCUACAAUCGGUGCUGGCACCGUUCACCAGCACCUAUGCGGCCGUUGCAUUCUGUUUGCUCAAGCUGGUCGGUGGCAAUGGAAUGGUCGAAGGAGAUUUUAUUAAACUGUGCAUUAAGGAAAUAACCAACCGCGUCGAGCGGGGCGAAUGUAAAUACGGUGAAAGCAUAUCGACGGACUCGGUGCGAAAUUGCCUUAAGGUGCUGGAGAGGCGCUCGUGUAUCGAAAUAAGCAACUGUAACGGUACCAGAUCAGUAUCGUUAACCUCUGAAUACGAUUCCACGCCGGAAGUGCAAAGCAUCAUCCAGUCGAUGGAGAAGUUCGUUCCAGUUUAGCUGCGGUAAAGUUUGCGAACCCGCAGCAUAUUCCUAGAGACCGAGAGACUGCUGUACGUAAGAAACAGAAGGAGAGCGGGACUGAUGGUGCAACGGAAAUGGCAGAUAGAUGACGGAGAAGAAGGAAGAGUGAUAUUCAGGUAACCCUUUCUGUGUAGCUAGAGUGAUGACUUGAGAGAUGAGCAUUUGUUUUAACCUAGUUUAAAAUUUCAAAAGCAGGACAGUAGACAAAUUCAAACGCCCAGUCGACGCUAAGUAAUUGUAGCAAUACAGGAUGAACUUUGUAGAGUAUACAUAUCUUGUUUUAUGCAGAGCAACAUUUUUACAAACUGUCCUCCUUUAUAAAGAGGAUACGAAAACUAUAAGUUUUCUCUAUUGUCAAGUAAAGCGCAAUAAACGCAAACAAUUAACAUAGUUGUGAGAAUAAAA